UCCCCCAACAUAGGUUGUGAGGUGGGUGCUGGCUAGCCCCAAGAAUGCCAAAGAAACCUCUGUAUUUUCUGCCCUUCACAAUCAUCUGUCUUAUUCUUCUGAACCUUCGAACCUUAUUCUUCUUUCCUCGAACCUUGUUCUUGUUUCAAUGGUCUUAGGUCUGUGCUUAGUAGCUAUUAACUUCAAUAUUUAGUUCUCUGUUCGUGUGCUUAUACAUUGGAGGAUUUGUAGGUGUAAGUUGUUCUUCAUUGCUUCUUGUCAGCCAGAAAAUUACUCAUUUAUUUAGAUUCGGGUUCCUUUGGGCUGAAUCCGGAUGGUGUUGGAGAAGCUGGGAUAUUCAGUUACUAAAAAAUUGGAAAUUUAAUUGAAGGAUAAACAAGAGUGCCUCUUUUUUAUGGUCAAGUUGAAGCACUCCUUGUUCGUAAAGGUUGGAUCUUGUGGAAAGUCAAUGGUCAUGGGACAAAACAUGUUGUUCAUCUCUUCAGUUAAAUAUUCACAGUACAACUGCUGGAUGGACAUACCAUGCUAUAGCUUUCUUUAAUGUGAAAGUUCUGAUAUUCAACCUGGGGUGAGUAGGUUUCUUGUACUUUCAUUGUCAUGUUUUGGAGAUUGGUUUAAGCAGAGGUGAGGUGUAGUUGAGGUUGUGAUAGGGCAAUUUGUGAAAAGUCAUUGAAAAUGUCUGAGAGUUCAACUGAACUUCGGUCAUUGGCUUUAACACCAACAUGGUCUGUUGCAUCUGUAUUGACUGUCUUUGUUGUUGUUUCUCUGCUUGUGGAGCGAUCCAUACACCGACUAUGCAAUUGGCUGAAGGAAACUGAUAGAAAACCUCUGCUUGCAGCUGUGGAGAAAAUGAAAGAAGAGUUAAUGCUACUAGGAUUCAUUUCUCUCUUACUUACAGCAACAUCUAGCAUCAUAUCCAAUACUUGCAUCCCAUCGAAAUAUUAUGACAGUGCAUUUGCACCUUGCAAAAAGUCUGACAUUGAAGAAGAAAAGCAAAAUGAUGAUUUCAAGGAGCGGAAACUUUUGAUGGAACUCUUGCUCGAUCAUCCGCAAAGAAGAAUGCUUAAUAGUUUAGAUCGAAACACUUGCCCCGAGAGUCAUGAACCAUUCGUAUCUUAUGAAGGCCUAGAGCAGUUGCACCGUUUCAUCUUUGUCAUGGCCCUUACUCAUAUAUUUUACAGCUGCUUGACAAUGCUACUGGCCAUUAUCAAGGUCCAUACUUGGAGAGUUUGGGAGGAUGAAGCUAAAAUGGACCAACACGGGGCAUUAACUGAUAAUACAAGAGCAAUGACAAUGCGAAGGCAAUCAACUUUUGUUAGAGUCCAUAUCUCAAAUCCUUUGUCUAGGAAUAGUGUUCUCAUUUGGGUGACCUGUUUUUUCAGGCAAUUUGGGCAUUCAGUUGUUCGUGCUGAUUACCUUACACUAAGGAAGGGUUUUAUCAUGAACCACAACCUUACGUUGAAGUAUGAUUUUCAUAGCUAUAUGAUUCGAUCCAUGGAAGAAGAGUUCCAAAGAAUUGUUGGUGUCAGUGCACCACUAUGGGGAUUUGUGGUCGCGUUUAUGCUCUUUAAUAUCAAAGGGUCGAAUCUCUAUUUCUGGAUUGCAAUAUUUCCAAUCACUCUUGUUCUACUGAUUGGCACUAAACUUCAACACGUUAUAGCAACCUUGGCAUUGGAGAGUGCAGGAAUAACCAGCUAUUUCCAGGGAACAAACUCAACAAAGCUAAAACCAAGAGAUGAACUUUUUUGGUUUAAGAAGCCAGAGUUACUGCUAUCUUUGAUUCACUUUGUUGUCUUCCAGAAUGCAUUUGAGCUAGCUUCUUUCUUCUGGUUUUGGUGGCAAUUUGGCUAUAACUCAUGCUUUAUAUUUAAUCACACGCUAGUGUACCUACGGCUAAUUAUAGGGUUUGCAAGUCAGUUUUUAUGCAGCUAUAGCACCUUACCCCUCUAUGCACUGGUUACUCAGAUGGGAACAAACUAUAAGGCAGCCCUUAUCCCACAGAGAAUAAGAGAAACUAUACAUGGUUGGGGAAAGGCAGCUAGGAGAAAAAGAAAGCAUCACACUGUUGAUGAUUCAACAACUGUGCACACAGAUGGCAGAACGGUUUUGUCCGUUGAGGAAGAUGACAGACAGUUUCCUGAUAGCUCUCAAACAAGCUAUGGAGAUGACACAUUCGCAAUCGAGUUACAACAUCACACAGUUGGUGAAGCAGGUCUUUCUGUAAAUGCUAAUGAAAACUCAAGUCGUCCUGGUACACCUCUCCUUGUACCCUCUGCUUCUAUGUCUUUCACAGUUCCACCCAGGUUCCUUCCAGAAGUAGCUCCACGAUCCUUUUCGAUGCCUGUACGAAGAGAACUGGAAAAAGACUGAACACUUGGAAGUUUGGGAACUCAGCUGCACUCUCCAAAGCUGCCUGUAUUUGGUUCUCAAUUGUUAGAUUUAAGAUCGGACAGCUUUCUCUUGAUGGCGGAACUUAAGUGCGGUUAUCAGGAAGAAAAAAAUAUACUCCGUAUAUGGGAUUGAAGUAUAUGGGAAAUAUUGUGAAAAUGUAAAAAGAGACUAACUUUUCCAUUUUAUUACUCCCUCCGUAUUUAAAAGUUCUCUACACUUUCUUUUUUGGGAUGUAUUUAAAAGUUUGCUACAUUUUCCCUUUUUGAUAAGUUUUCUUUUAAAAAUACUCAAUUACCCCUACUUUUUCUACUUUUUAUCUUCUCUUUCCUAUUUUUCUACCUUCUCUCCUACUUUUUCUACACUAUUCAUUACCCCUACUAUUUUCCCCUUAAAUAUUGUGCUAAAUGUCAAUCUCUAGUGUAAAGAUCUUUUAAAUACGGAGGGGUAGUAAAGUUGAGUGAAUGUCAUCAUUUAGAAAAAAGUAGACUUUGGAAUUUUGACUCGG